UAGAGAGGCGGCGAUGGUAGUGACGUCCCUGGUGUUGUUGGUGGCUGCUGGGGUGUGUGUGGGAGUCGUUCUGUUACCAACGCCUGAUGGUAAACAAAGUACAUCGUCAUCGGUGCUGGGUGUGGUGAAGGAGGUGUUGGCCACAUUGGCAUAUUCCAAAUUCUCAGUCUUUUUCCUCACAGACGGCAGCACAUCUGCAUCCACCAUUUUCAAGUUGGAAGAGGAGCUGCCUAUUCCCGGAGGUGUUGGUGUUUUUGAGGUAGUGGUGGAGGGUCAAUAUAUUGACAAUAUAAACACGCAGCUCUCUCAUGUAAUCUGUGUAAUAAAACAGCUGCGGCAAAUGUCAUCACACACGACAAUUGUGCUCAUCAGCGACGACCCAGCCUUCCUCGCCGCCUUCGCCGAGUGGUCCCUCAAGAGCCGCCUCCUGGUGUGGUCGACGAGGCUCCUCGCCGUCACCCACCUGCCCCUCGAGAAGCUCCACCACCUACAGAGGGCAUUUUCCAAGAUUAAUGCCGUGUUGGCCAUUAUCAACGAUGAUUCGACGAACCACCGAAAUAUUCUCAUAGACUUUUAUGAGCAAUGUGUCGGGAAAAUAUCAGUAUUGAUGAAACCUAUGAGAUAUUAUGGAGAAAGACCUGCAUCACUUGCAGAUGCAACGUCUGUGCACGUCACUCCUACUUACUCUGCCAUGAACGCCAGUGUAGCAUGUACGUGUACCUGCCCUACAACCCAAUGUGACCAGGCGUUCCAAGUAGGCCUCCUGGACGCCCCACCGGCCUUGUUCUCAUCACUCACCUCCGCUCUUCCUGAAAAGUUCUCCAAGUUUCCUCACAGACCAUCUCUGCUAGCGGCAUCGGAGGUGAACCCCUUUUAUAGAAUAAUUACCGUACAGGAUCCUGGAGUUCCUGGAGGACAAAAGUUCGAGUUUAGGGUUCCCGUUCCGAAUCUGAUGGACUACCUUGCUAAAAGCUCUUAA